AUGGCAGUUGGGAAUAGGGUGGAGGCUGGAAGACAGAGACAGUCGGGCCUCUUGAAGCUCUCGCUGAUCCAAACCAUUAGGAGUUGUGUGAAGACUUGGAGCGGGCUGUCGGAGAGCUGGGGGUUAAGAUUUGGUGGAAACGGGAACUUGGUGGACACACAAGUUGGGAGUCGAUGGCGGAGACAAGCUGGCGGGAGCAGAAGGGACGGCCGGCGGCUGCAGGGGACAGGAUCGCCGGAGAACGUCCUUUGA